UUUGGCAAUUCUUGGCAUAAAAUGCUGCGACGAGCUCUAGUGGCGACGUGCGGCUCUCGAUUCCGUGUCUGCCGGUUGGCGCAGACACGUGAGAAGAUCACAAUCCCGGCCGCUGGAGGUACACGUCGUCGCCGUCUGAAGCCCAAACUGCCCAAGGACAAGUUUACAACACUGUCAACGGAGUUCCUGGACCGUGUGCAAGCUGCGGUGGAGCCGCUCCACCCUCCGAUCAAUGAUGAUUUCCAGCUCCAACGUGAUGGCAAUGGAGAGCUCGUCAUCCGCACCAAUUCCAAGGAGUUCGUGAUCAAGGUGCUGUCUUCCAAGCAGCAGAUCGAGUUUUUAUCUCCGGUUUCUGGUCUCCGCACAUACCAAUGGAACUUGAUGACCAAGAGAUGGGAAGACGAGGUAAAACUGCAAGUGUUGAUGGCUAUGACUGUACUUACCGCUAAUCUGCUACGCAGACUGACUCACACGACAUCGAAGGACUCCUGACACGCGACUUGAUGCGCUUCUGUGCGGGGAUCCCGCUGUUUUAAACCACAACAGGCACGAGGGAGAGAACAAUCGAGAGACCUACACCGAGCUUGAGUGGGCGAAUAGACUUUUACUGUACGAGGCCCACGCACCAUAAGCUGCAUCAGCCUGUUUCGCAUUCUUUUUCAUUUUUUUCAUGUUGUAAGCUGCAUGAGACUUGCUUUCUGUGUCGCUGGCACCUGAGCCUAUUACUCCAGCGUCUUCAGUAAGCGGAACAGUCCAGCUGCUUCGCGGAUACGACUAAACUCGAUACAAAAAGCCUGCACCUCAAUGAUCAAGUCCUGAUAAAAAAAAACAGAGUUAGAGACAAACAGCACUAAUAAAACCAUCACUGGGACGUACCUGCACGUUAAUGAUCUUGUUGCGGAUCAGCGACUGCAGGAAGACACAUACCAGACGCACCAGA